GGGUUAGUUUCAGUUUCAGAAAUUCAAGAAUUGAAUUUGACUUCUAGGCUAGGACUAGGAAAAUGUAGCUCUACAGGAGCGUAGGCUAUAAUUUGAAGGCGACUUGGGAGGACUUUAACAUUUUGGGCCCGUGGCCGCACAGGAAUAAAGGAAGGACACUUUUGAGUACGAGCGAGGGAGGUGCUGCGGUUGCGAAGUCAUAGCCAUAGCGUAAAUCGGAAAUGCUAAACGUAUGGUCGAGGUAAAAAUGGAUCACCACGAAGAGGAACACGAAUUGAAAGUUAAGGCAACAGUAUCAACGUGAAAAAUAGGUCAUAACCCUCCCAUGCUGUACAAGAAAGCCCAGACAGUAGUAGAGCAUGGACCAGGCCUUUCCCAGCCUCCAGACCCCAGCCACUGGUCCAUUUGAACCCAACACAGGAGAGCUCCAGCUCAGGGUGGACUUCUUCAGAAAGUUGGGCUACUCCCCCAUGGAGGUUCGGUCCGCCCUGCUUAAGCUAGGCCUGAGUACAGACACCAACUCUGUACUGGGGGAGCUGGUCCGCAGUGGAGCCAGCACUAGUACUUCUAACUCAACCAUCCCUGAGAGUGGUGACGAUACUACUGGCCCCACAAGCCACACAGGCUCCAGCAUGGCCUCCUCUAGGACCCAUGGCCCCAAGAGAGACAGACCAGUCCCAUUACUGGAAGACAGGCGGGACACAGACAGUGAACUGAAACCUAUCGUUAUUGACGGCAGCAAUGUGGCCAUGAGUCAUGGUAACAAACAAGUGUUCUCCUGUAGGGGAAUUGAGUUGGCAGUGAUCUAUUUCCUGGAUAGAGGUCACUCAACAGUCAUUGUGUUUGUGCCCUCAUGGCGCAAGGAGCAGCCCAGGCCUGAUGUCCCCAUCACAGACCAACACAUUCUAAUGGAGCUAGAGAAGAAGAAGAUAGUCGUCUUCACUCCCUCGAGACGCGUCGGUGGUAAACGGGUGGUCUGCUACGAUGACCGUUUUAUUGUGAAGCAUGCCUAUGAGUCGGACGGCGUGAUCGUGUCCAACGACACCUAUAGGGACCUGCAGGGAGAGCGUCCGGAGUGGAAGCGUUGUAUCGAGGAGAGGCUGCUUAUGUACUCUUUCGUCAAUGACAAAUUCAUGCCCCCAGAUGACCCGCUUGGUCGUCAUGGUCCCAGUCUGGAGAACUUCCUUCGGAAGAAGCCUCUGCUGCCAGAACACAAGCGCCAACUCUGUCCUUAUGGUAAAAAGUGCACCUACGGCGUGAAGUGUAAGUUCUACCACCCUGAGCGCACUCACCAAUCCCACUCCUCGUUGGCUGACGAGCUCAGGGAGAAGGCAAGGCUCUCCUCGGAAAAAGAGGACCGGAAUCCCAUGAUGUCACACCUGAGGGGCCCCCAGGCCGACCCGGGAUCCUUUCCCUCCUAUUCUCUGGAGAAUGACCUGGAGCACAGGUUGACGUUAGAGCACCGCGGUUCCCUGAGGGAGGGUCCCAAGAGCCAGGUAACUGAGAACAUGUUGCUAUACUGGGAUGGGCCACGCUCCAGUAGGAACCAGCAGGCCCGCAGCCCCACAGCAGUAGGCCAAGGACAGAUGGACUGGCCCAGUAUGCUCUCCCCCUCCACUACUACUGACCUCCCCUAUGCCAGCAUCUCCCAUCAGUGCCUGGACUCUGGUUUUGGCUCCUAUGAGAGCCAGAGCCAGUACUCGGAUGUGUCCCAAGGCCACAGCAAGGCCUUCAGGCCCAGGCAGCAGCAGGGCUUCCCCUCUGGUUCCAGACAUCCAGGCAUACAUCCAGAGAGGCUGGCCCAGGACAGCCCCCAGCCCUGCAGGUGUUUCCAUUUGGCCCCCUCCUCAGGUCCCCAGCACCACAGCAACCCACAGCUCGAGUCCCACUCCCAAUCCCAGCUGAGGUAUGACACCUACUCGCCUCCUCUGUUCCCACCCAACAUGCACCACUACAGCCUCCCCUGCAACUUCCAGCAAGACGGGGUGGGGGCACACCAUUUCCACCCCCAUCAGCACCCCCAAAAGUACUGGUCAGACCCCUUCCAUGGCGGGGUCCCCCAGGCUAGGGCAUCCUGUAGCCUCCCCCCCGGCCCCCACCCUACCCCGCAUGGAGCCCCCCACUCAUGCUCCUCUUACAGGAAUCAGCAGGAACACAACUCCUGGGCCCAGCCACCUCCACCUUCUGCCUUUGACACAGAGAGAGAGGAGCUCCGUAAGAAACUGCAGGCCAUUUUCAACCCCCACCAGGUGGAUACGGUCAUGGAGAUGUUCCCUCACCUGAUGGACGCCCAGAAGCUGGCUGCAGAGAUCCUCAACCUCAAAUCUCAGAGAGGUGCCUUCUGAUGCCUCUAAGCAUCUUGUCUAAGGGGUUGAUUCAGGGUUGAGAUAAGCUUGCACAACUCUUAACUUCCACGUAAAUCAUUAAUUGAUGUCAAUGGGAUACUUGGGUGAAAAUGUGCCUUGGGUAAUUCUCUUGCGCUUUUCCUUUAAUUUACUCUAACGGUUUGAACUGUUUUAAAUGUGAAAGGGCAACAUUUUGUUGUUGAUGUUGUCCUUCCUUCGCGAUCAUGUGCUUGCAUAGCUUAUGUGAAAUCCAUGACAGGUAGUGUGUUCACAGUUUGGGAGAAUCGGCAUGAAUCCCCUGUCGUGUUUAACUGGAUUAUUUGAGAUUUUGACUUAUUGAAGUUGUAUACAUUUAUAACAGUGUAGUCAAAUCUUGCCUUUAGACUCAGUACCACGGCAAAAGUGAAUCUAGAGCGUUUGACUGUUGAUGCAUAUUGUAUCAUCAUUUGGGAUAUACGGUAUGUGAUCUCUCGUUUGUCCGAAAUUCAGCUCUCAUGCAAUAAGAAAUAAUUGUCUCAAAUAAUGUAUUUCCUGUCUCAUAGACAAAUAUUCGGUUUUCCAUCUCUUUAUGCAGUGUGGAAUGCAAUGGUGUACCUUUUUCCGUGUAUAAAGCUACGCUCAAAGAGCCCCAAACACUAUACAGUAUCCUUUUAACCAAGAGUAUAUGUGGAAGAAGCUGCCAAAGAACUGAAUGAAUGUUUUAGAAGCACUUUGUCAUUGAUCCAAAUGUUCUAAUUCCCUCAUAGACCACAAUGUGACUUUUUCAGCAAAUAUGUGUACUGUAAUAUGGCUUGUGAGGGUCUCUUGUAUCACCAAAGACUGGGUAAAUCCAAUAGAUAUUUUAAAGUAACUGUCCAGUGUUUCCCGAUUUCUAUGAAAUAUGACCUCAAAUUAAUUACAAUACAGUAUGAGUGAAAUGGUUUUCCUUCCAAAAUGUUUUAAGUGGGUUAAAAAACAGCCUUUCUGUGUUGGAAUGGUGUGGGCGUACCCCAACAGAAUGGUGUGGGCGUACCCCAACAGAAUGGUGUGAGCGUAUAUCUUUUUUUAUUUUUUUAUAUUCAUGCGAAUAGACUGCUGAUUGGCUAUCUCAAUCUCCUCAGGAGGAUGACAACAUCCUCUGAGGAAAUAUUUUAUAAAAUGCUUGCUGUUUGUUUGAGUUUAUGGGUGUUUUUUUAAUGGUUUCUCCAAUUUAUGCUUUGGCCACAUAUGAGUCAUCAACAUUAUUUGGGUAUGAGUUAACAGAAUAUUAACUUUUUUUUAAAGUGAGAUUUCCACUGGACAAUUACUUUAACAAUGUUUCUAUGUUAGUUGUUGGCUAUCCACUUUAUAGAUUUUUAAGUGCCUAAACAUGUCAAAUGUAUAAUUCAAUUAUCAUGGACAUUUGGAGUAGAGUUCUUGGUCUAAACAAAUCGUUAAACUGUUUAUUUUACAGCACGGUAAGUACUAGCUAGGUAUUUAAAUUCAGAAUGUUGUUAUUAUUAUGAAGCUGGUGGUACCAAGAGAUAGCAUAUCAGGUUAUUAGUGUUAAUGCAGUCAUAACUACAUGGUACUUUAAAUAAUUAACCGGUAACACUAGGCAUUUUAUUUCAAUGCAAAUAUUAUAUAUUUUUUAGAGUAGGCCACUUUUUCUUCAGACUACAAAUAGGUACUAUACCAAAUAGUUCAAUUUGUUGCCAAGUACUUUCCUGUACCUAGUACUUAUCUGUAAUAAAGGGUUACUCACUCAUU